AUGUAUGAGAAUCUCCUCAAUCUUCUCAUCUUCUUCUGCUUCUAUACUUCAAUCCUCAACGCCCAGCAACGAUAUUCAGGCAAUUCAGUGCUAGAAUGCACCCCUCAAGUAGACAAUGCGCCCCCAUCUCCCUCUUUCCUCUACACUUACAAUGGCCACACCACAUCUUGUAAUUCCUUCCUCAUCUUCAAAUCCCACCCUCCAUUCAAUUCCAUCCCCACCAUCUCAACCCUCAUGUCAUCCAACUCAUCCAAGCUGGCCCACCUCAACAACGUCUCGAGAUCCACGACAUUCCCAUCCGGCAAAGAGGUGAUUGUUCCUAUCACAUGCUCUUGUUCGGGCAACUACUACGAGGCCGACACGUCUUAUACUAUCCGAACCGACGACGAAACGUAUUUCAUUAUAGCAAACGAUACAUACCAAGGGCUGUCCACGUGUAGCGCUCUGAUCAAUCGAAAUAGUUUUAGUCCGUUGGAUUUGUCCACCGGUUUGAAAUUGCGGGUCCCACUCCGAUGUGCAUGUCCCACUAACGGUCAGAUUGCUGAAGGGGUGAAAUAUCUUUUAACUUACUCAAUCAUCUGGGCAGAUACCGUUCCAGAUAUUUGCAAUCGCUUCAACGUGAGUAGAAAGAAGACACUCGAUGCAAACGGGUUUUCGGAACCGAACCCGAUUAUUCAUCCUUUCACCACCAUUUUGAUUCCUCUGCUAACUGAACCAUCAAUCAAUCAAACCAUAGUUCAAAUCCCGCCGUCCAUUUCUCUUCCGCGGCCUGUAAUCAAUCUCAUCAAGAAGAAUCAACGGUCGAGGAAAGGACUUCGUGUUCACCUUGUAAUCGGAAUUACAGUCGGCAGCUUUCUUCUAUUCCUCUUCUCUGUUCUUGCCUUCGGCAUUCACCGUUACAGGAAGAAGCAGAACAGAAAGGACGAAAUAGAAGAUUACGAGAACAGAAAUCCAAAUUGGGUUUUGGUGGAAGAUCUUGCAAAAGGCAUAGCCCACGUUGAUCGGGUACUGAAAGUGUUCAGAUACGAGGAAUUACAAGCAGGCACGAAGAAUUUCAGCCCCGAUUGCAGGAUCGACGGGUCUGUUUACCGUGGAGUGAUUGGAGGAACUGCGUUAGCCAUCAAAAGAAAAGAUGCGAAUGCAGCGGAGGAAAUCAAAAUACUGAACAGAAUCAACCAUUUCAAUCUGAUCAGUCUCUAUGGAGUCUGCACAAAUGGAGAAAGUUACUACCUUGUUUACGAGUACAUGGAAAAUGGAUCUCUCAAGGAUUGGAUUUGUGAGAAGAUCCGAUCAAGAGAACAUCAGAGCUGGACCCGAAGGAUUCAGAUCGCUCUCGACGUCGCCAACGGACUCCACUAUCUCCACAAGUUCACAAAGCCAGCUCACGUACACAAGCUCAUCAAAAGCAGCAAUAUUCUUCUAAAUCAAGAUCUAAGGGCCAAGAUUGCUAAUUUCAGUCUCGCAAGAUCGGAAACAGAGCAGAGCGGCGGAUUCGAACUGACAAGGCAUGUUGUUGGGACAGUCGGGUACGUUGCGCCCGAGUAUUCGGAAACGGGUCUGGUAUCACCAAAGCUCGAUAUCUAUGCAUUUGGGGUUGUGAUGUUGGAGCUGAUUACAGGAAAACACGCCGUUAUCAAGCGUAACGGAGCAGAUGUACCGUUAUCGAAAGUUCUAGUAUCAGCAUCUGAAAGAGGCGAAAUGGAAGCUGAAAUUCAAAACUUGGUGGACCCCACACUGCCCGAUGAUCAGAUGGAUCUGGCAUUGGGUGUGGGGAGAUUAAGUGUAGCGUGCUUGAAGAGAGAUCCGAUGAGUCGGCCGUGCAUGGGCGAGGUCGUAUCUACUCUGUCUAAAUUUCUGAUGGAUUCGAAGAAAUGGGAAUUCUCAGAUGCAGAGAACGUUUGA